CUCGAUUAUUCCUCACUAAUUAUUCUAUUAGACUUUGUAAAUGUGUCAAAGACAAAAUAUGGCUUUAGCAAAUGCAAAACACUGCCCACUAUAUAAGGAAGUGGAAGAGGUUCGCUACGCAGAGUAAGAGAGGUACCACGGAGCUGCCUCUGAAGAUGGACAUGGCAAAGAAGCAUUAUGAGAAGAAAUGCCAGUGGGUUGUACUCACCAAAUGAUCAAACUGUGGGAAAUUACACAAGAUACAGGCCGUUGCCAUGGAGAAACUUGAGAGACUUGUAAACACUGGCCGCCUUAGGCGCAUCAUAGCCGCAUGGCGUAUUGUUGCAAAGGACUCAAAGAGGACAAAAGAUUUCUUUGAGAGGCUGGAAAUGGGGUUUAAAGACAUCAGCAACAAAGUCCUCCAAAUUGGGGAAGGAUGUGACGUACUCUCCAUGCUACCUAGCAGCCUCUCACUGAAGAUCUUUCGAUAUUUAAAGCUGCGAGACUGGCUCAAUUGUGCUGAGGUGUGUUGCACAUGGAAAGCUAUCACCCAGUCAGGCACACUGUGGAGUCAGAUCAACUUCUCUGUGGAGAAAGACUGGAUAACAGACAACACAAUGAAGCAGAUUCUGCAGAACUAUCGCCCAUUUGUGAUCCAUCUCAACCUGCGUGGCUGCACGUCUCUGAAUUGGCCCAGCUUGAAAUGUAUCGGUGAAUGCAGAAAUCUCCAGGACCUCAAUUUGUCAGAGUGUUUUAAUGUUACAGAUAUGAUGGUUCAGAGAAUUGUCGAAGGCUGUCCCUGCCUGCUCUACUUGAACCUUUCCUGCACACUUAUAACAAACAAAACUCUACGGGAACUGUCCAGGAACUGUCUCAACCUUCAAUACCUGAGUCUGGCCCACUGCUACAGAUUCACAGAUAAAGGGUUUAUGUACCUGACCACAGAGAAGGGCUGCCACAAUCUCAUCCACCUUAACCUGUCCGGCUGCACUCAGAUGACUGUAAAUGGGUUCAGAUACAUUUCUGCCGGAUGCCCUUCACUCAAGGAGAUUGUAAUCAAUGACAUGCCCACGCUGUCAGAUAGCUGUGUCUUGGCUCUAAUUUCCAGAUGUCGCUGUCUAUCUGCCAUUUCUCUGCUGAAUGCUCCUCAUCUUUCCGACGUUGCCUUAAAAGCCAUCGCUGAAGUUGCCAAACUGAAGACUUUUAGGACAGAGGGUAACAACCAACUAACAGACAUCAGCUGGAAGGCCCUGUGCAGCAGCUCACAAGGCCUCCGCAGACUCCACGCUGCAGAAUGCUCCAGAAUGACUGACGUCAGCCUCAAAUCUGUGGCCAACCUCAAGAACCUGCACUACCUGGACAUCUCAUUUUGUAACAAGGUGAGUGAUACUGGGAUCCAGUAUCUGAGUGAAGGUUCCUCAUCCGCCAAACUGAGAGAGCUGAAUGUCAGUUACUGCAGUCACAUCACUGACUUAUCUGCCAUGAGGAUUGCACAAAGGUUCUGUAAACUGAACUAUCUGAACUUGAGUUAUUGUGAGAGACUGACUGAUAUGAGUCUGGAGUGGCUGAGUGGGAGCUCUGUCUGCUCUCUUGAUAUCAGCGGUUGCAACAUCCAGGAUCGGGGGCUGGCGGCUCUUGAAGGAAUUCGCUUGAAGAAGUUAGUUGUUGCAGAGUGUAUCUACGUCACAGAUAUUGGCAUGGAGAAGCUGUGCAAGAACGUGAGAGAUUUGGAACAUGUUGACGUGUCUCACUGUGUAGCUCUGUCAGACCCGGCCAUCAGAGCGAUUUCAUUUUACUGCAGAGGUCUAGUCACUCUGCGGAUGUCAGGUUGUCCCAAGAUGACAGAUAUGGCUGUGCAGUAUCUGACAAGUGGAUCUCAGUACCUGCGAGAACUUGAUGUGAGUGGCUGUGUUCUUCUCACAGAUCGCAGUCUGCGACACAUCGAAAGGAUCUGUCCUCCACUCUGUUCCAUCACGAUGGCCUGCUGCAGCAGCAUCUCCAAGGCGGCCGCCUUAAAGCUUCAGCCACGUGUGGAGCACUGGGAGCACAGCAAUGACGACCCUCCAUACUGGUUUUGAUACAACGUGGGCCAAAUAGUGCAUCCAAUCACAAGACUCAUCAAGACUGAUGACACCUGGGAAGUGUUGGAACAGCACUCAGUGAUAACAAAGCAGCAAGUACAGAGAAGAUAUAAAUGGAUCUAAAGAAGUAAUGAUAUUGUGAAAAAUAGAGCAGUAAGUAAUCACAGCAACCAUAAUUUUGGGACAUUAUUUCAAAACCAAAAGAGCAUCUUCAACAAACCAUUUGCAUGAUAGAUACACUUCAGAUAAUCCACACAAAUAUUAAUCACAUGUUUAACUAGAAGGGCACCGUUUUAAUAAGUGAAAAAUAUAGUGUGUAUCUACUCCAUGAUUCGGAUCCACUCAAAUGUGUUAUGGGUUCUUACUUGGACCAUGGACCUUGGACACCCUUCCACCAAGUUUCAUGAAAAUCGGCCCAAUAGUUUUUCUGUUGACAAACAGACAAACGAACCAGACUACAAACAGAACCUCUUGAUGGAGGUAAAAAUCCAAAAUCAUUAGUUAAAAAUCUGAUUAAGACUCUCCUGUCUGGAAAGAGACAUAGCACUGUUUCAGCGACUCACUGAUACAUAAUAAUAAUUGGUUACACAUUGCCUUUGACCCUGCGAGGCUCCAGUGGGUUAAUUCUGUUGGAUAACCAGUGUAUUCACAUUUGUGAUUUCCUCUCUUAACUUCUAUGUAUUUUAUAUAUAACAGUAUAGAUUUGGGUCCCUAAUCAUUUUUGUUUUAUAGUAAUGAUAUUGUUUCCCCUCUAUAAUUUAGUAUAUUUUAUUUAUACAAAGACAACACACUUGUGUAUUGCUCCACAUAAGUUUUAAGGUCUGAAACAACUAUAGGGAUGUUGUUAAAAGCUAAAUGUUCCAGUUUUGGCCUUGAGAUAUAUUCCUUAGAUGGUACACACAUGGAGAAACCGUCUGUCUUAAAAUCUUGGAAUCCAGAUUGAGGAGAAUUUUGAUUUUAAAAAUGACAUGUAUACAAUUUACAGCAACAACAUCUCUAGCACUAAGACAUCACAGUGUCUAUUUAUUUAAGAAAUGUACUUUUAUAUACAUCAAAUAACAAAGCACUUUAUAUUGGAACUUUCAGUCACUCACAAUUUCAACAUUUGGAUUUGAAAACUUGUUAAAAUUGAUUGUAUUUAUUUUACAAUUCUACAUUUUGUGAUUAACAUUGCUUUGUCUAUGUGGUGCAUUUAGUGUUUCUUUUCCUUUUUAUAGAAAUAUUUGUUUAUUUAUACUCUUUAAAUUAAAGAACUGUAUUCUUUAUACUACAAUUUUGGUUUGUCUUUUUUUUUUAUGUAACACUUUGUAAUUGCAUUUCACUUGGUUUUAU